AUGGCGAAGCUUGGAGGCACACGCCUCGGCGCUUUUCGAGCCUACUUCUUCGGCUUCUUCAUCUGCACUGCUGGCUUCCUCUUUGGCUACGACACUGGCAUCGUCGGCGGUGUCCUCACCAUGGCCUCGUAUAAGGAACAUUUUGGCUACACCGACAACACUACCGUCUCCGCGGUCAUGGUAUCGCUCCAGAACGUAGCCGCCUUCCUUGCUGCAUGCACCAUCUUCCCGGUGUCUGAGCGCUUCGGACGGCGCAAGACAAUUAUGGGCGCCAUGGCCGUGUUCUGUACGGGUGUGGUCUUACAGCUCAUACCGUCGGGGAGUCUGGUAUGCUUCUACAUUGGAAGGUUCGUGAGUGGUCUUGGGCUUGGUGCGGCGACGGCAACAGUGCCGACAUAUAAUGCUGAGCAGGCGCCCAAGGAGAUCCGAGGGAAGCUCGGGGCGGGAAUGCAAUUGUUGUUUGCUGCGGGCGUUAUGAUUAGCUACUGGGUCGACUAUGGCACGGUCCGAGGCCUUGCACACUCCAACGCCGAGUGGCAGAUUCCCGUGGGGCUUCAGCUUGUGCCAGCUGCCGUCCUUGGUCUUGGUCUUAUUCCUCAGAAGGAGAGUAUCCGCUGGCUUGCCAAGAAGGGACGAAACGAUGAAGCUUGGGAAGCCUUGACUUGGAUGCGCGCCGAUAGUGGACCCGAGGUCAAGGCUGAGUUCAACGAGAUCAAGACUGGCAUUGCAGAAGAGCUCCGUGCCACCGAAGGCUUCAGGAAGCGUGAGCUACUUGAGCCUGCCAACCGAUACCGUAUCGCUCUUGCGUUCGGCAUCUUCCUUGGACAACAGUGUACCGGUAUGACAGCGCUAGCAUACUUUGCUCCACAAUUCUUCAAGUUACUGCUCGGAGCUGGCGACAAGAACCUCCUAGUCACUGGUCUAUUCGGAGCCCAGAAAUUCGUCACUGUCGGUACUUACAUCUUCCUCUUCUCGGAGCGAUGGGGACGGAAGCCAACAUUAUGGAUUGCUGCAAUUCUGAUGUCGAUCUGCUUCAUCAUUGUCACUGUCGUGAACAAGACGACUCUCGCGCCAGUCGACAACAAGACUACGGCUGCUGGUAUUGCUACAGUAGCCAUGAUUUUCCUCACGAACACUAUUUACCAGUUCUCUUGGGGUCCACUGCCCUGGCCAUACGCUGCUGAGAUCUUCCCAUCCCGAAUCCGCGAAUUUGGCACUGGCGUCGGUGUUUCCACCCAAUGGCUCUUCAAUUUCCUCUUCUCGCUGACGACGCCGUACAUGAUCGCAGCAUGGGGCACGUACGUGUUUGUAUUCUACGCCAUCCUCGACCUGGUCAUGGCAACUCUAGUCUUCUUCUUCCUGAAGGAGACUAGAGGUAAAACCCUUGAAGAGAUGGAGACCCUGUUCCAUUCGAAAGCAGCAUUCGACAACGAGGCAGCUAGGAAGAAGGCACUGGAGAGCAGCUCGGAAGAUCGGUUUAGUGAUCUGGACAACCAGGUGCAACUGACGAAGAACGAUUCGGAGUUUGUGCGAUGA